CUCUGGGGCGGACGUUAACUUCGCAACGGAUCAUAACUCGGCUCUAAAUUUGGCCACCAGAAUGGGCAACUUCGAAAUCAUGGAAGUGUUGAUCAAACAUGGAGCCAACCUCUCAUUGGGAGUAUCCUCGACCACACCAUUACACACCGUCGUGCAGAAAGCUGACAGAAACAUGAUCGAUUUCCUCUUGUACUGCGGGGCUGAUGUCCGAGCUCGAGAACCAUCCAUAGGCGCUACACCGCUGCACAUUGCUGCUCAAGAGGACCACGUCUCCGUUAUCACGAAGCUGCUCCAAUGCGGAAGUAGGGUUGACGACCCAGAUGAUUGCGGACGUACAGCAUUGCAUUAUGCCGCCAUUUACGGGAAAGUUCGCGCCUGUCGUCGACUCAUCGAUCAUGCGGCCAACAUUUAUCUGAGGGACAACGAGGGAGACAAUGCUAUUCAAGUAGCACUCCAGUCGCCGAAGCGGCGGAGCGCUGGUUUCGCAGAGGUCAUCAGCACACUGAUGCAGGCCUGUGGAUCUCCAGCUAGCGUUGGUUUCACUAGCAUGAGCAUAGACGCAGAAAGACAACGAGAACUGGAUGCAGAGCAGAUCAUCGAGGAAUGCGACGACAACUUGGACACGGUGGAAGAGAAUGUGUAGCAGCCCUUGAUCAGGAGGAGAUGACUGGAUGCUGAGAAAUCUGUCGACGCUC